AAGACGACAUGUGUGGACGUGUCCCACUUACGAUGCUGCCACAAAGAGAAGGAUCGCACCAUCACCACCAGCUACUUAUGGGCCUGAUAAACUAGUCAUCUUUAACGUUCUCUUCUUAUUCUCUUUGUAGUCCCAUAAACCUUCCAAUCGAUAUCGAAAUUAUAUGAAUCCAGCAACCCAGCAACAUCACCAUCACCAUUAAAAUGCCCGUCGCGACCGAAUUUGCCGCUAUCCCCCUCAAAGAGGGAGUGCAUCCAGAAGAUCCCGCUUCUCCAUCAUACGCGGCGUUCCAGAAAGUCUUUCAAACCAUCCUGGCCCAAGAUGGAGCCCGAAAUUGCCUUUUUGGAAGACAGGUUGAGGAUCCCACUCUCGGCCUCCUGUUCAUUGACUGGGACAGCGUCGAACACCAUAACAAGUUCAUAGCUUCCGAGGUCUACAAGACGUUUCUCGAGGGAAUUCUACAAGACUUGGCCGGCCCCCCAGCAUUGUAUCAUGUACAUUUCGACCCACUUCCCAUCGACGCCUGGACCAAGGGUGGUGCGACUGAAGUUUUCAACGCAUACUUCCCUGCCGAUUACAGUGAAAGUGACAUUGCGACUUUCGAUGCCAAGGUCAAGGAGUUCCUCAAGUCCGCGUCUGGUGUCUCUCCUGAGGUCAAGGCUGCCACUUCUGGUUGGGCCGUCGAGCACGUCGAGAUCCCUGGCACACAGGAAAAAGGUCGUUUGUUCAACGGUUUGAUCUCCUGGACAAGCGUCGCGGCCCACCACGCCUUCAGAGAAAGCGAGUGGUUCAAGAAUAACAUCCAUGUCUUGAGAGGCGCAAAGGACAUCAAAGGUGUCAAGGCUUAUCAUGUCACACCUGUUGAAAUCAAGAAGAAUUAAUUUACAGGAACGUGCACCUACUGUAGGCUAGGUAGAUAUUUAUCAGCACAGGACGUCCGUGGAGAUCACACUUUCAUGUCAUGGCGACUGGCUAGAAUUAAAACCCCGGCAGCCUAUCGCUGGAUCCAUAUGUUGGGCACAAUACUUGUCAUUGUUACUCCACAGAGAUUUAGUACCCCAGUAUGAUAGAACGCUGUGGCAUUCGAUCGGCUACAUAAACAGGAA